UAUUUAGUGCGUAACUUUGCAAAAUAAGUACAAAUAAUAGAGUUCGAAUUUGCAAAAUUGAAGAAAUUUGUAGCAAAUAUUGAAUCUACUGAAACUCCUGCUUCUACUACUGGUCCUUUCCUCCCAUGUUGAAACCAGAAAUUUCGCUAACAACGUUCACGAAUUGAUAUAUAUGUAUGAAAAGUAAUUUUUAACCUACCUAUUUUGCACUACGCCAUAGCUUCCCUGGCCCGAUCCUGAAUGAAACUAAAAAGCAAGUAGCAAAAAUUCAUAGUUCCCAUAUAACAAACAAAACGCAGCUUUCCCAAAAUUGUACGUUCGGAGAGGCCUAAGGAAUAAUUAAAUAUGAUACCAACUAAAUUUCUUCAUAGUAAAAUUAAAAAAAAGACCAAACAUCUAAGUUCUAUGUCACUUUAUCGAGACAGGUCCUCAGGAAUUUCCAAUUUUUUCACUAGCAUAAAUUCCUAUGGGGUUGUUUGACAUGCGGGAUAAGGUGAGAUAUUUCAGAAUUAAUUAAGUUUGAGUUAAAAUUAUAUUAUAUACUUUGUUUGGUUGAAUGAAUAAAUUCAAUCUCAACUUCAAUUUAGAUAUCACCUUACCCUUUCCAAUUUUAUACUUAUUUUAUUACAUCUUUGUACCAAGAUAACUUUGUCCGCGAACCUAACCAUCCCUAGGUGUAUAUAUAAUUCACAAACACAUCCACACAAUUUCAUUCAUAGAACAAAAUGAGAAGAAAAACAAACACCUUAUUAAGAAUUUUCCUGUUUUUACUAUGCCUAAUAAUUGUAAGUGUCAAUGGAGAAUACUUGAUAGGAUUAGGAAGUUAUGACAUGACUGGACCAGCAGCACAAGUGAACAUGAUGGGUUAUGGUAAUUUUGAUCAAGUUACUGGUGGUGUACAUUUUCGAUUGAGAGCUAGAACUUUCAUUGUUGCUGAAAGUUCACAAGGUACAAGGUUUGCUUUUGUUAAUCUUGAUGCUGGUAUGGCUUCACAACUUGUGACAAUCAAACUACUUGAGAGACUAAAAUCAAGGUAUGGAAAUGUAUAUAGUGAAGAAAAUGUUGCAAUAAGUGGGACACAUACUCAUGCUGGUCCAGGAGGUUACUUGCAAUAUGUGACAUACACUGUAACUUCACUAGGCUUUGUACCACAAUCAUUUGAAGCCAUUGUUACUGCCAUUGAGCUCAGCAUUGUCCAGGCCCAUAACAACUUAAAGCCUGGUUCCAUCUUUAUCAACAAAGGGGAUCUAGAAAAUGCAGGCAUAAACAGGAGUCCAAGUGCAUAUUUAUUCAACCCUAAAGAGGAAAGGUCCAAGUAUAAUACCAACAUUGAUACCCUAAUGACCCUUUUGAAGUUUGUGGAUGGAGACACUGGAAACAGUAUAGGUGCAUUUAGUUGGUUUGCAACACAUGGUACUUCCAUGAGCAGAAAUAAUAAGCUGAUUAGUGGAGAUAAUAAGGGUGCAGCUGCUAGGUUCUUUGAGGAUUGGUUCAACAAAAAUUCCUCUACAAAUUCUACUAAGGUGUUAGGUAGAAACAAAGGCAUGUUCAAUAAAGCAUCUAAAAUACAGCCCACAGGAGGAAAAACUUGUGCAAACACAACAAGCCAAGGGUUUAAAGUGAGGAAGAACAAAGAACUGAAAUUUGUAGGAGCAUUUUGCCAAUCAAAUGUUGGAGAUGUCAGCCCAAACGUGCUUGGAGCAUUUUGCAUUGACAGUGGUUUGCCUUGUGAUUUUAAUCACUCUUCUUGCCAUGGCAAUGACCAACUCUGUGUGGGCCGCGGGCCCGGAUAUCCAGAUGAAAUAUUGAGUACAAAGAUUAUUGGAGAAAGACAAUUUCAAAAGGCUGUUGAUCUCUUCACUACUGCUAAUCAAGAAUUAACAGGGAAAAUUGAUUAUAGACAUGUUUAUAUUAAUUUUACAAAUAUUAAAGUUCAAUUAGCUGAUAAUAAGGUUGUAAAAACAUGUCCUGCAGCAUUGGGCCCAGGAUUUGCUGCUGGAACUACUGAUGGGCCUGGUGUUUUUGGUUUCCAACAGGGUGAUACUGAGAUAAAUCCAUUUUGGAAGAAGUUAAGAGAUGUGUUGAGAGAACCAAGCCCACACCAAGUGGACUGUCAAAAGCCCAAGACUGUUUUGCUGGACACUGGUGAAAUGUUUUGGCCAUAUCCCUGGGCGCCAGCAAUACUUCCAAUUCAGAUUUUCAGGCUAGGAAGUCUCAUAAUUCUCUCUGUGCCAGGGGAAUUUACAACAAUGGCUGGACGUAGGUUAAGAGAGGCAGUGAAAGAGACACUAAUAAGCAGUGGAAAUGGCGAAUUUGACGACCAAACUCAUGUUGUAAUAGCUGGCCUAACCAACGCGUACUCACAGUACAUAGCCACUUUUGAAGAGUACGAGCAACAAAGAUACGAGGCUGCGUCGACGCUCUAUGGUCCACACACAUUAUCAGCAUACAUCCAAGAAUUCAAGAAGCUAGCUGAAUCUAUGGCGAAAGGAGAAAACAUUACUAAAGGACCUUCACCACCAGACCUUUUCUCAGUUCAACUUAGUCUCUUACCAGAUCCUACCGGUGAUUCACCUCCACCGGGCAUAAAUUUUGGCGACAUUAAACAAGACGUUGUUGUACCAAAAUGGGGAACAUUUACUAAGGGAGACAGAGCGAUUGCCACAUUCUGGAGUGCAAAUCCAAGAUAUGACUUACUUACUGAAGGCACAUUUGCUGUUGUGGAAAUGCUUCAAGGCAAAAGUUGGUUACCUGCAUAUGAUGAUGACGAUUUUUGCUUGUUCUUCAAAUGGGAAGCAGAAAAUAUUACAGGUAUUGCUCGUGCUGCUGCAAAUGUGAAUAGUUAUGGUUAUGCUACACUUGAAUGGGAAGUACCAGAGGAAGCUAAUCAUGGUGUUUAUCGUUUAAGGCAUUUUGGAUCAACGAAGGAAACUAAGGAAUCAUCAAACUCGUACUACACUGGUGCGUCUAGUGCUUUUACUGUGUCAUAG